AUGAAGCUUUUCCUCAACAUCAUCUCAGCUAUUGCUGUCGCAGCGCUCGUUCCGUUGGACCUACAGAACCGCAACUUCGAAGUAAAAACGACGACAAUACCUUCUGAACUGUCAAACAACCAAACUUUUGCAAACUUCAUCUCAACCAAGUAUGGUCUUGACGGGCCCCAGCUGUCCGGAGUCAAUAGCUCAUCCUUUGACUGGUGGUAUUUCGAUGCUGUGUCCCCAGACGCUCAAACUGCUAUAAGUGUAAUCUUCUUCACUUCAGUCAAUAGCGGCUUUCCACUACUUUCGUCUCCGUCAAAUGUGACGAGUAUCGUCAUAUCCUUCCGCUUCGCCAACGGUACAAUAGGCUUCAUUCCUCUCUUCGCUUCAGAAGCAAUUAUCAAAACAGUUGGCCAAGGAUCUUCAGGAACAUUUACAGGAACUGGAGUAAGCUGGAAGGGUAGCCCGGAUCUCUCAGAAUACUGCGUCGAACUCGACUCUCCAGCAAUCAAAGGAACCUUCACACUUCAAAGCACGUCACCAGCACAUUAUCCAUGCAGCGCCGUAAAGCCAGGCCAGUCUCUAUUGGUCGCGCCACAUAUUGGAUGGUCGAAUGCGCUACCCGAUGCUGAUGCAGCUGUUGACUUUGCGAUAUUGGGAAGCAAAAUGAAGUUCAAGGGAUCCGCAUAUCAUGACAAGAACUGGGGUGAUCAACCAUGGAACGCAAAUAUGGCUUCAGAGUAUUGGGGUCAUGUACGCAUCGGCCCAUACAAGAUAGUUUGGCUCAACGUAAUCGACCGCACUGGCACUGAGCACAUCUCCGCCUAUGCCUCCCGCAAUAACCGCAUCCUGACAGCCUCUUGUUCCCCGGAUAGCCUACUAGUCAGACCAAUAAACAGCACCUACCCGCCUUCGAUCGCUACAGCCGAUCCAACGGCCUUCAGUAUUGUACUAAAUCUAGGCCAUGAAGGCACUUUACGGGCCAACGUCACGGCUGUGGCGGAUUUGGUCAAUGCUGCCCCGGUCUACAGGAGAUGGAGCGGGACGGCUGUUGGUGCUGUGAAUGGAGGAAAGCCGCUGACCGGGUAUGGCGUCUGGGAGCAAUUCAAGUUUGUAUAG